AACACAGACGACAAACAACAACACCGGUGGCGUCAACCUAACCUCUAAAGAUUGUGACCAACUUGACAGGAGUCUCGUACUGUAAACAUAUAGUUCUGGUUUCUUUUCUUCUAAUUACGACCCGGGCUGGCUUCGGAUGAAAUCCCAAGUUUAAUUGAAGGUAGCGGGGAGACAAAGACAGCGAACUGUGGUUUCGUUCUUCUCCACCUUGGUCCACAAUCUUUGUAUCAGCCGAUAUGUUGUGAAAUGCAGGGAUAGUUUGCUUUAGUUCUUGUCAAUACUUCAUAAUUCAUCAUGCCUCCCACUAUUCAAGUUGGCGUGAACGCCGAACGAGAGAAGGUACCUGUCAGGCCCGGAGAGAGACGUUCUGAGCUAGUAUGCAGGGUGAAGUAUUGUAAUACGUUGCCUGAUAUUCCCUUCGAUCCUAAGUUCAUUCAGUACCCAUUUGCGUCAACUCGGUUUAUUGAGUACAACCCAACAUCAUUAGAGCGCAACUAUAAAUAUGAAGUUCUCACAGAACACGACUUAGGGGUGACCAUAGAUCUGAUCAACAAAGAUACCUAUGCGUGUGAAUUUGGUGCUGUUCUUGACCCUGCUGAUGAAAAACUACUUGAGGAAGAUGCCCCCACUUUGCAGGAUUCCAAAAGGUCUCGCCAUCAUGCCAAAGCUGUGUCUUGGUUGCGACGUACGGAGUAUAUUUCUACUGAACAGACUCGCUUCCAGCCUCAGUCCAUGGACAAGGUUGAGGCUAAGGUUGGAUUCAGUAUCAAGAAGGAUAUGAAGGAGGAGACUUUGGCCAUGGAUCGUGAAGCUCAAAUCCGUGCCAUUGAAAAGACCUUUGAAGAUGCUAAAGUACCAAUUGAGAAGCACUACAGUAAGCCUGGAGUUGUACCAGUUGAAAUUCUGCCUGUCUUCCCAGAUUUCAAGGUUUGGAAGUACCCCUGUGCUCAAGUCAUGUUUGACUCUGACCCAGCUCCUAUUGGCCGGCCAGUUCCUGCACAGAUAGAAAUGAUGUCCCAAGCCAUGAUUCGUGGUGUCAAAGAUGAAACAGGAGAACAGUUUGUGGCAUAUUUCUUGCCAACAGAAGAAACCCUUGAAAAACGUAAAGCAGACUUUAUUGCUGAACGUGAUUAUCAGGAUGAGGAAGAAUAUGAGUACAGAAUGGCACGAGAAUAUAAUUGGAAUGUCAAGAGUAAGACUUCUGGCAAAGGAUACGAGGAGAAUUACUUCCUUGUUAUGCGUCAGGAUGGAAUUUAUUACAAUGAAUUAGAAACUCGCGUUCGUCUCAGUAAACGUCGUCAAAAGGCGGGUUCAGCACCUAACAAUACACGGUUGAUUGUGCGACAUUGCCCACUCUCAGCCCAAGAGUACAAAAUGCAAAGAUAUCGGGAGCGUCAACUGGAACCUCCCAAUGAGGAGGAGGAAGAGGAAGAUGAUGAAGAGGAGGAGGAGGAAGAGGAACAAGCAGACAACACCCAAGAGAAAGGUGCCACAAGUGGAGGAGAGGGUCGCAAACGAAGUGAUAGUGAGGGUAGCCAAACAAGUCGUGCCAGCCGACGCCGCAGCCGUUCUGGAUCAAGAAGUGGAAGUGAUGACGAGAAGGGAUCAGCCCAUUCCAGUUCUCGAUCCGGCUCUGGAUCCCGAUCCCGAUCUCGGUCGCGUUCCAAGUCUGGGUCGCGGUCCAGAUCGAGGUCAAAGUCUGGGUCCAGAUCUCGCUCAGGUUCUCGGUCCCGGUCGGGCUCCAGGUCGAGGUCAGGCUCCGAGAGCCCCAAGCGCAGUGCCACUGGCAGUCCCAAGAGCGCGAGGAGUGCAAGUGGCAGUCCGGCUAGGAGUCAGAAGAGUGGCAGCAGCAGGGGCAGCAGCCCCGCCAGAAGCAAGGGCAGUCCUAGUCCAGCACGCAGCGCCUCCCGCAGCCCAGCCAAGAGCAGGUCCAGGUCUAGGUCCAGGUCGGGCAGUGGCAGUGGGUCUGGAAGUGGCAGCGGGAGCGACAGUGGGUCGGGCAGUGCCAGUGGCAGCGAUAGCGAUUAGGAUCAGAGUUCGUUUCUCUAUCAAAUCAACUUAGUCAAACCUCACUAGAAGGCACCCCUUUUAGCAGAGUUGCUGACUUGUGUGGCAGAACGGUCUUCUAGUGAGGCUUUGGCCGUCUCUGUAUCGAAGGAUAGAUUUGUUCACCAAUGUAAAUGUGAUAGAGACACUUUUCGAACUUGGAUUUUCUUUCACCUGUCUUUCACAUUGUUUUAUGAUCAUCUUAAUUAUUUUCUGAGUUCACCAUUUUACUCAUCAUUCCCUUAUUAGAAAAGGAAAAGUGUACAAUGAACUUCUAGCUUGACAAAGGGAAAUGUCUCCUGAAAACUUACAUUGUGUUUCUCGUAAGGAAAACAACCAGACAAAUUCUGUAAUUUCUUUUGUUUUGUUUUUUUAAUAAAGAAUAAUAGACAAGUAUACACAAA